CUUUGAAACCUUUAAAGUUGAUCAACUAGUGGAAAUAUUUGUCCUAUUUUUAUCCCAAAUUUAGUAAAAUAAUGCAAAAUGCGUGUAUAAUAUAAUACGAACAACGGUCAGUCAAACCUUCUUCAUUCGGUUCGGUAUAGAUGGAUUUGACAUUAACACGCUUACCUUACAGAAAGUGAGUGUUUGAGGACCCCAUUGUGCAUAAGUGACUCCUUGUUAGUGUCAACCCACUCAAGAAUAGGUGAGAAUAAUGUGAAAACACGAAAGGUGGAUCGCUUGGGUUGGGAAAGUGUCAAAUUUUGUGGAAACGGGAAUUUGGACAGACUCAUUAAUCCGCAGAGUUAACUUUUGUCAGUUAAUAAUCGUUUCCCUUUCAAAGAAGAAAGAAGGAUGGAUGGGUGACUUGUAACAUGACGUUUGACUAGAAAAAUGUGUAGGUGACUCAAAUGCGAUGAUGGGUGAUUCCUGACGAGUGGAAAAUAUUCCGGCGAAAUCGAACAGAAAAUAUUUAAGGCGACGCCUGGAUUAUGGGGAACACGGUGGCUGUUAGUGUGCGCGUGGGGGGAGGAGACAAAACGACGACGGACGACUCAUGCGAGUCCGACUGGGAGGAUGGAGAGUAUUAUUUCUUGGAUGAUUAUGGAAACUAUGUCCAUCAAGAUGAUUUUCUACAUUAUUACGCAACUAUUUCGGAAGGGCGCUUCGGUAAAAAUGGAACGAAUGCCAGAGUGCUGUUCAAGAUGGACCCAAGGCGGGACCGUCUUGGUCAGCGACCGCUUCACCACGACGCGGGGGAUAACGUGUGCCCUAACAUGGUUCGAGGAAUCGAUUACCUCAGAGAUCCCAGGUUGAACAAGGGGAUGGCGUUUACGCUAGAAGAACGACAAAGAUUAGGCAUUCAUGGGCUUUUACCUCCCAGAUUCAAGUCGCAAGAAGAACAAGUUCGUCUAUGCAAGGAAAAUGUGGCAAGAUACAGUGAAGAUCUUAAUAAGCACAUUUAUCUCGUGGGUCUGCAGGAUCGAAAUGAACGCUUAUUUUAUAGACUAAUUUCUGAAAAUGUACAAGAAAUGUUGCCCUUAGUUUACACACCAACUGUCGGCUUAGCUUGUCAAAAAUUUGGUCUAAUCUUCCGUCGACCAAGAGGACUUUUUAUUUCUAUUCAUGACAAGGGACACGUUUACGAAGUUUUAAAGAAUUGGCCGGAAAAUGAUGUUCGAGCUGUCGUAGUCACUGAUGGUGAACGAAUCUUGGGGCUUGGCGAUCUGGGCGCGUACGGGAUGGGGAUUCCGGUGGGAAAAUUGUCAUUGUACACUGCAUUGGCUGGAAUUCCACCAAAUUACUGCCUCCCGAUUCUCCUCGAUGUGGGGACGAAUACCCAAUCUCUCCUCGACGAUCCGUACUACAUUGGGUUAAACCACAAACGUAUAACGGGGCCGGAAUAUGACGAAUUUAUAGAUGAAUUUAUGCAAGCCGUUGUUCGAAAGUAUGGUCAAAAUACCCUGAUUCAGUUUGAAGAUUUCGCAAAUCAGAAUGCUCACAGGCUUCUCGACAAGUACCGAAACAAAUACUGCACAUUCAACGAUGAUAUUCAAGGAACUGCCUCCGUCGUGCUAGCCGGAGUCUUGGCCUCUCUUAAAAUAUCCAAAAUGAAGUUGAUUGAACAUAAGUUCCUCUUUCUCGGGGCUGGCGAAGCUGCCUGCGGAAUAGCAGAUUUAAUUUAUCAGCAAAUGUUGAAAGAAGGUGCCACUUCGGAACAAGCAGCAUCGAGGAUUUUCUUAUGUAACAAGAAUGGACUCCUGUCGAAAAACAACCCAACCGAGACUUACACCGAAGAGAAAAUUUUAUUUCUUAAAGACAUGCCACAUAUGACUAAUUUUGCUGAAAUGGUCGAAGCCAUCAAACCCACUGCCAUUUUUGGUGCUGCUGCUGCAAAGAAUGCUUUCACACCCGCAAUUUUGAAUCGAAUGGCUGAAUUGAAUGAGCGACCAAUUAUUUUUGCUUUGAGUAAUCCAACAUCGAAGGCUGAAUGUACGGCGGAAGAAGCGUAUGAUCAUACCGACGGACGUGCUAUCUUUGCUAGCGGUUCACCAUUCCCAAUUUAUGACAAGAACGGACGACAUUUUGAACCUGGUCAAGGAAAUAAUGCGUACGUGUUCCCUGGAAUUGCUUUGGCCACCAUCACUGCCGGAAUUCAUCAUAUUAGUGAUAAUAUUUUCUUGUUAGCGGCUGAGGAACUGGCCAACCUUGUGUCGGAAAGUGAUCUGAAAGUUGGCAGAUUGUAUCCACCUCUUGACGAUAUUAAAGCCGUGUCAAUGAAAAUAGCGACUAAAAUUGUUGAAGAUGCCUAUAAAAAUGGGUACGCAUCAACCUAUCCAGAACCAGAAGAUAAAUUACAAUUCAUGCUUCGAGGACUUUACGAUUAUCAAAACAGACAGUCGAUUCCCUCCGUUUGGGAGUGGAGCAAGGAAGUCGUCGCCAGUCGGACGAAAUAAUUUACAUGAAACCACCGAAGAUGACAGUGAAACUAGUUAUAAGAUGGAUUUUUAUUUUACAUGAAAAAGACCAUAUUAUCAUCAGCAUUCGACGAUAAAGUUAUUACUACUAGUGCUAUUUCAUCGUCCACGUGAAGUGUAGCAAUAUUUGGUAGUGAUUUCCUCGCUCUUAAUUAGACUAUUAAAUAAUGUGAUAACUUAUACAACAGUGAAGACAAGAAAAAUCGAAGGAAAUUUAACACUAAAGAGAUGAGAAGGGGAGUGACUUAGCGAUAAUAAUGGUAACAAUCAGUAAAUAAUAUGUAUGUAAUGUGUAGAAUCCUUUGAUAACUAGUAUCAAUUUAUGCAAAGCCGUAAAAAUAGUCAGGUUCUUCUUCGUAUUAAGCUGUGUAGUAAAAUCUUUUAGCUCGUUAUCUUUACAAAUAGUUCAAUAGACGCAGAUAAUAUGACUCUGUAAAUAAUUAUUCCCAAAAAAGAAACCCAACGCAAAAUCUGUUGAACAGAAAAUUUCAAUUUUUGACAAAUGCAAAUGUGGUAAAUGCAAUUAAGACUCAUUCCUCCCCGUAAUUGAAUUGACGUCUUAACAAACAGUGAAAUUGAAAUGUGUGGGUGCUUUUGCAUACAAAUGUGUAAUUCGUUUCUUUCUACCUCAAUUUACGUGUGUACAUAUAAUAUAUUUAUUCGUGUUUCCUCCGGGAUCGGGUUUUAAUUAUUUUAUAAGUAAAAACAACAAAUGUCAAGAAGAAAGAAACCGGCGGUGUGUAUUUCUCCUCCGCUUGGGAAAUGUUUGUACUCUUGUCUGUUGUAAUAAAUCCCCAUGACCUGGAUAUGUAGUUACGGAGUACCCGCGGUGGUUGACGUAAAUCUCGGAAGAAUGAAUGUAUAUCAAUUUCACAUCCCAGUCUGUUUGCUAAAUAAAUUGCACUGUAACCCAAA